CUGUUUGGAGACGACUGAGGGAAAACUGUUUUCACAUGACUGCUCUGGGUUUUUAGAAGGCUGUCCGGGUGAUGCUUUUAGGAGCAAUGAGAAUUACCACUAUCCUGCAUGUCAAAGAAUUAACACACAAGACAAAUGUUAUCUUGCCGAUCCUUCCUGUUCAAUAACAACACAGAUCUUAGAUCUUGGAGACUUUAACACUACGACAACCAUAAUCCAGGAGAACCAAUCUGCCAAUAUUGGAGCAAUAGUAGGAGGAGUGUGUGCCGGAGUCAUUGUCCUCCUCCUCCUCAUCCUGUUUCUAGGUGUCCUUCUAUGGAGAAGAAAACAAAGGAUGAAAAAUAAUAAAAAAGAACUGAAUCUAGGAAAAAGGGAAAGUGGCUGUGAAUGUGACAUAAAUGACAAAUACACCGAUAGCGUUCAUGAAUUUUCAUGUAGUGCUCCAUUGCUACCAACUAAUACUACUGGAGAUGGAGAAGAAGAUAGGAUACCAGAAACAGGCAAGCUAGAGGAGGGGAAGCAUGUUUUCACAAAGACCAGUGUACCAAAGAAAGUCUUUGAGACCAUAGAAACUGAUAUCAGAAGUAAACAAGAGGAAAAAACCAAUGACGUCACAGAUGCUGGCGUUAAUAGUAAACCAGAGGAGAAAAUCCAUGAUGCUACAGAGUCUGGCGUUAAUAGUAAGCCUUGGAAUAUAACCCAUGGUGACACAAAAACAGGUGAUAAUAGUAAACUAGAAGAAACAGUUUCUGGUUUACAAACUAUUGAAAUCAUUAAUGAACCAGAGGAAAGAGAGCAUGAUGACAUCAAUACAAAUUCAGAGAAAAGAAGCCAUGGUAACGCAGAGACUAGUGUCAAACCAGAAGGAAAGACAUACAAAGGUAAAGAGGCUGCUGUUCUAUUAUCAAAGAACUUAAAUACUUAUGGAAAUAGCAUUGUACAACCUACUCUGUACUGUAUGGAGUCUAGCCCCAUCGAUGGACAGUCAUGUGGUGAAUGCAUUGUAGGUACACGGAAU